CGAUGAGUUCGUUGGUGACAGUAGUUGCUGUACGGAGUAUAUCCUUACCCUGAGAUCUCGACUUCUAUCUAUCGUGGAAGAAUUAAGUGUUGAGGGGGUUGAUUAAUUCAGCAUACCAGCACGAGUCAGUCAUCAUGGUAAACACAGGAAAACCCUCCCAAGGCUGCGGAACCUGUAGAGCUCGUCGAAUAAAGUGCGACGAGCGCAAACCAACCUGUUUCCGCUGCCAGAAAUCCAAACGAGAAUGCACCGGCUACCGCGACACAGCCUUCGUCCGCAUGAGAUGGGACCGCAACUCCCGCUCCUCCUCCAAGAAACUGCCCUCUCCCACCUCCUCAACAGCCGAUAACCGCGACCUCGUCCGCCGCACCUUCUCCAGCGCCCACUCCUCGGACUUCACCACGUCCCCCACGUCCCCGCUGCGCUUCCACAUCUCAGUCUCGCCGUUCUCUGGUCUGGAGACCCCGAUAGAAGAGCAGGUCAAGUGUAUUUUCCGCCGCAACUUCGUGCUGGAGCCGUGUGAGGGGAACUCGAGGUCGUUUAUGAAAUUCACGGUCCCGGUUCUGGAGCACGAGAAGAGUCUCAGUGGGAAGGGGAAGGGGAGUAAGUUGGGGACGGCGGUGAUGGCGGCGGGGUUGGCGUUGAUGGGAAAUCGACCCGCGAGUAGGCAUUUGAUGCCCAAGGCGAUGAAGUGCUAUAGUAGGGCGUUGAAGGAGAUUAAUGAGGCGUUGUUGGUGGAGAAGGAGGCCGUGGAGGAUGAUACUUUGGCGGCUGUUAUUGUGUUAGGGUUAUUUGAGGUCCUUACAGGCACAUCAGGACAACCAAGCGGAUGGAUUUCUCACGCAGACGGAGCCGCAAUUCUAGUUAAGAUGCGAGAUGAGAAGAAAGCACCCCUCACAGACUUAGGACGGGUUCUCCACAUCAUGGCACGCUCACAAUUGGUAGUCAACUGCCUCGUCUCCUGCUCCCCUCCCAUCCCCGGCGUAACAUGGUGGAUGCGCUUCGGCACCAAAGACAACCUCCCCGCCAUCUGCGCCCGCCUAAACCUCGAAGUAGCCACCCUACACGCAAAAUGCAACUCCGUCCUAACCAGCGCCUCUAAAACACUUACCUCGGACCUAGAAUCCGUGCUCGAGGUCCUCAAGCUCGCAAAGGCGCUCGAUGCCGAGUUUAAGGAGUGGGAAGCGAGUUUGCCCAGGAGUUGGAGGUACGGUAUCGUGGCGUGGAUCGACGAGGAUGAGUGCGAUGAUGCGGAUCUGGAGGACAUGAAAGCUUUUCCCGGAAGAACGGAUGAGUAUGUCGAUAUCAGCAUCGCGACAGCGUUCAACAUGAUGCGUGCGUCCCGGAUGAUGCUGUGCGGGGAUAUCGUCCGAGCUUCAGCUUGGCUGUGUCCUACGUACCAGGAUUACCGCACGAUGCCUGAGUUCGGGGCAGCGGUUAGGACGUCCAAGGAUCUGAUUGAGGAUAUUCUGGCGAGUGUACCGUAUUUUCUGGGUGGUGGUCCGGGGAAUCCGCCGCUGGCGGAGAGGCCGCAGAGUGGGAAGGCGAGUUUGGUGGGCACGGCUGCGUUGGGGUUGUUUAUUACGUGGCCGCUGAUGGUGUGUAAAAUGAGCGAUUAUGCGACGGAGAGGCAGAGGAAGUGGGCGGAGGGACGGUUGAGGUUUAUUGCGAACGAUUUGUGGAUUGGACAGGCGAGGUUGUUUUCUAAAAUAAAUGCUAAAUUACCUUCGAUGUUUAUUGCUAGGGACGAGUUUACGCAGGUUGAUGGAGUUAAAAUGGCGAAACAGAAGUGUAUGGAGUUAGCGAUGGCGGCGUCACCGUAUGUCAAGGGGGCGGAAAUGGAGGCUAUGAUUGCGGGUUUACUUGGGUGUAAGUAGCUUUAUUGUAACGAAUAUGACGAGACCAU